GGGGCCGGCACCUUGGUGGGGAGGGGAGAGGCGCUGCCCGCCCCCCCAGGGCUUCCCCGCUCGCCGCGGCCCCGCUAAGUCUGACGGAGCGCCGCCGCCCCCCACCGCAGCGCAGCGGCCCGGCGCAGGAGGGAGGAGGCGCCGUGCGCGGCCCGACUCCGCGGGCGCCGCCGCUGAGGGGACAAGCGGCCGCCUCCGCGCUCCCGGCGGCUCCGCUCGGCUCCGCUCGCCGGCUCAGUUUUGAAAUCAAGAUCGAUUAACCAACACGAAAAGACCCAGCUGGUGAUGUGACUUGGAACCCUGUUUAUGAAGUGCUCAUUCGUUUUUCCAAGACGACAGCACCGUUCAGAGGAAGAAAUGACCAUGUAGAUUCUACAGCUUGGGUGCAGCAGAAUGGGAAGUGGUGAAUGGAGUGGAGCUGGUCUGCAGCCUUGAGAGCAGCUGUUCUGCGGACCACUCGUCAGUCAGGGACACCUUGCAUGCCAGAGGCAUCCUCCACAUUUGUCGCCGGGCACACACUGGAUUCUUUUUAAUUUCUUAGGUUGGAAUUCAAGAUUCCUUCCAUUUUUAAAGAGUUUUAAGAUUGUAUCAACAAUAACGAGUGGAGCAAUAUAAUCGGCAACCAUGGGUGACAUGACAAAUAGCGAUUUUUAUUCCAAGAACCAAAGAAAUGAGGCCAACCAUGCAGGAGAGUUUGGGUGCACGCUGCAAGAACUGCGCUCCCUCAUGGAACUUCGAGGAACAGAAGCAGUAGUAAAAAUUAAAGAGACUUAUGGGGAAACAGAGGGGCUCUGCAGACGUCUGAAGACAUCACCAACAGAAGGAUUAGCUGGGACUGCUGCAGACCUAGAAAAAAGAAAGCUUAUUUUUGGAAAAAAUUUUAUACCUCCAAAGAAGCCAAAAACGUUCUUACAACUAGUCUGGGAGGCGUUGCAGGAUGUGACUCUUAUAAUCUUGGAAAUUGCAGCCAUCAUAUCUUUGGGGCUUUCGUUUUAUCAGCCACCUGGAGAAGGGAAUGAAGGCUGUGGUACUGCAACAGGAGGAGCUGAAGAUGAAGGUGAGGCUGAAGCCGGCUGGAUUGAAGGUGCUGCCAUCCUGCUCUCCGUUAUCUGUGUUGUACUUGUCACUGCCUUCAAUGACUGGAGCAAGGAGAAGCAGUUCCGUGGGCUUCAAAGUCGUAUUGAGCAGGAACAGAAAUUUACUGUUGUCCGCGGUGGACAGGUUAUCCAGAUCCCAGUGGCAGAGAUAGUAGUUGGUGACAUUGCACAGGUGAAAUAUGGUGACCUUCUGCCUGCUGAUGGGAUAUUUAUUCAAGGAAAUGAUCUUAAAAUUGACGAAAGUUCUUUAACUGGAGAGUCAGACCAAGUCCGCAAAUCUGUUGACAAAGACCCAAUGCUACUGUCAGGUACCCAUGUCAUGGAAGGCUCUGGACGAAUGCUUGUAACUGCUGUGGGGGUGAAUUCUCAGACAGGCAUCAUCUUUACUCUGCUGGGUGCUGGAGGAGAAGAAGAAGAAAAGAAAGAUAAGAAAGGUGUGAAACAGGAGGAUGGACAUCAGCUUCCAGUAGAUUCUUCCCAUCCCUCCUCCCACCCUCCUUCAGCUACAGAUGGUGCAGCAGGUGCAAAUGCCACUGAUAAUGCAAAUGCCAGCUUAGUCAAUGGCAAAAUGCAGGAUGGGAAUAUGGAGAACAGCCAGAACAAAGCCAAGCAGCAGGAUGGGGCUGCUGCCAUGGAGAUGCAGCCGCUGAAGAGUGCAGAAGGGGGAGAGGGAGAUGACAAAGACAAGAAGAAAUCCAACAUGCACAAGAAAGAAAAAUCUGUUCUUCAGGGCAAGCUGACCAAGCUGGCUGUCCAGAUAGGCAAAGCAGGUUUGGUGAUGUCUGCCAUCACUGUAAUAAUUUUGGUACUAUAUUUUGCCAUUGACACGUUUGUGGUCAAUAAGAAACAGUGGUUGCCUGAGUGCACUCCCGUCUACGUUCAGUAUUUUGUUAAAUUCUUCAUUAUCGGUGUCACUGUACUUGUGGUUGCCGUGCCUGAGGGACUUCCACUUGCUGUCACUAUUUCUCUGGCUUAUUCUGUAAAGAAAAUGAUGAAGGAUAACAAUCUGGUCCGCCACUUAGACGCCUGUGAAACGAUGGGUAACGCCACAGCCAUCUGCUCCGACAAAACCGGGACGCUGACAACCAACCGGAUGACGGUCGUCCAGGCCUACGUUGGGGACGUCCACUACAAAGAGAUCCCCGACCCAGACUCUGUACCCGCCAAAACCCUUGACUUGCUGGUUAAUGCAAUUGCUAUCAACAGUGCUUACACUACAAAAAUCCUGCCACCAGAGAAGGAGGGUGGGCUGCCUCGCCAGGUGGGCAACAAGACGGAGUGCGGCCUCUUGGGCUUCGUCCUGGAUUUGAAGCAGGAUUAUGAACCUGUUCGGAACCUCAUCCCUGAGGAGAAACUCUACAAAGUUUACACCUUCAACUCUGUGAGGAAGUCGAUGAGUACUGUCAUUAAAAUGCCGGAUGGUAGUUUCCGAAUGUACAGCAAAGGAGCUUCUGAAAUUGUUCUGAAGAAAUGUUCCAGGAUCCUUAAUGCAGCUGGUGAACCGCGUAUCUUCAGACCGCGGGACCGAGAUGAAAUGGUGAAGAAAGUGAUUGAACCGAUGGCCUGUGAUGGACUGAGAACUAUCUGCGUUGCCUUCCGAGACUUCAGCAGCAGCCCAGAGCCUGACUGGGACAACGAGAACGACAUCUUGUCUGACCUGACCUGCAUUUGCGUCGUUGGCAUUGAAGACCCAGUAAGGCCAGAGGUCCCAGAAGCCAUAAGAAAGUGCCAGCGAGCUGGAAUUACAGUCCGCAUGGUCACUGGAGACAACAUCAACACAGCCCGUGCCAUUGCCAUAAAAUGUGGAAUCAUUCAUCCGGGUGAAGACUUUCUCUGCCUUGAAGGGAAAGAGUUUAACAGAAGGAUCCGAAAUGAGAAGGGAGAGAUUGAGCAAGAGCGGAUUGACAAAAUCUGGCCAAAGCUUCGAGUGCUUGCUCGCUCAUCUCCCACGGACAAGCACACUUUGGUAAAAGGUAUUAUUGACAGCACACAGGUGGAACAGAGGCAGGUUGUAGCUGUGACUGGUGAUGGAACCAACGAUGGACCAGCACUUAAAAAAGCUGAUGUUGGCUUUGCAAUGGGUAUUGCUGGAACGGAUGUUGCCAAGGAAGCCUCAGAUAUCAUCCUAACAGACGACAAUUUCAGCAGCAUUGUGAAGGCCGUCAUGUGGGGCCGCAAUGUCUAUGACAGCAUCUCCAAGUUCCUGCAGUUCCAGCUCACUGUGAACAUCGUGGCAGUGAUUGUGGCUUUCACUGGAGCGUGCAUCACCCAGGACUCUCCUCUAAAAGCUGUACAGAUGUUGUGGGUCAAUCUCAUUAUGGACACCUUUGCCUCACUUGCUUUGGCCACCGAACCUCCAACAGAGGCUUUAUUGCUAAGAAAGCCAUACGGCAGGAACAAACCUCUUAUAUCCCGUACCAUGAUGAAGAACAUUCUGGGCCAUGCUGUUUAUCAGCUUACUCUCAUAUUUACACUUCUUUUUGUCGGUGAGAAAAUGUUUAAGAUUGACAGUGGGAGGAAUGCACCACUUCACUCUCCUCCUUCAGAGCAUUACACCAUUAUCUUCAACACCUUUGUCAUGAUGCAGCUUUUCAAUGAAAUCAAUGCACGGAAAAUCCACGGCGAAAGAAAUGUCUUUGAUGGCAUCUUCAGAAAUCCUAUUUUUUGCACUAUUGUUCUGGGUACAUUUGCUAUUCAGAUAGUAAUUGUCCAGUUUGGAGGAAAACCAUUUAGCUGUUCUCCCCUGCAGCUUGACCAGUGGAUGUGGUGUGUAUUUAUUGGAUUAGGAGAACUUGUAUGGGGUCAGGUCAUUGCAACCAUCCCAACAAGUAGGCUAAAGUUUUUAAAGGAGGCAGGGAGGCUCACGGAGAAGGAGGAGGUCCCUGAAGAAGAACUCAAUGAAGAUGUCGAAGAAAUUGAUCACGCAGAGAGAGAACUUAGACGCGGACAAAUUCUCUGGUUCAGAGGGCUCAACAGAAUCCAAACCCAGAUCGAAGUAGUCAAUACUUUCAAGAGUGGCACUUCCUUUCAGGGGGCUCUAAGGAGACAGUCCUCCGUCACAAGCCAGACCCAGGAUGUAACCAAUAUUUCUAGCCCUAGUCACGUAUCGUUAUCCAAUGCUCUUUCCUCUCCUACCAGCACAUCUGCUGCUGCGGCUGGGCAGGGCUAGAGAACAUUGGACAAAAGGGUUCAGCAGGAGAGAGUGAAAUAAAAAGAGAUCCGCGUCGUGAAGGCAUUCCGUAGCUCUCUCUAUGAAGGUUUAGAAAAACCAGAAUCUAGAACCUCUAUUCACAACUUUAUGACUCAUCCUGAAUUUAGGAUAGAAGAUUCCCAGCCCCACAUCCCACUCAUUGAUGACACAGACCUAGAAGAAGACUCUGCUCUCAAGAAAAACUCAAGUCCACCGUCUUCACUGAACAAGAACAACAGUGCUAUCGACAGUGGAAUAAAUCUUACAACUGAUACAAGUAAAUCAGCUACCUCUUCUAGUCCAGGAAGCCCAAUACAUAGCCUGGAGACAUCACUUUAGCUGAAAAGGUCACUGCAAAAAAAAAAAAAUCGAAAUAAAAUAAAGUAGAAAAACCCACAGCAACCGAAAUAUAUAAAUAUAUAUCUUAAAAACAUUGCUGGCUGAAAAGCUGUUUGAACUCUUAUUCACUCUGAGACAAGUGAAUGAAUUGUUGAUCACAAUGGUUUUGGGGAAAGAAUGAAUGGCUGAUUUACAUACCCCCCCUUGUUCCCUUUCAGAAAAACAAAAACAAACAAAAAAAUCCUCCUGCAUGAAUGUACUGUACACUUCUGGCCCUUCUUUCUCUCUUUUUGUUUCUUUUUAGUUCCUUUCUUAUGUUUUUCUCCUGAAGCAGGAACUGCAGAGGACUUCUUUCUGAGGCUAUUUAUCCAAUUCACUGGUCUGUGAGUUUUUUGAAAUGCUUGUGUGGCAUGGACUCAAUUGUAUAGAUUAAUUUAAAUAACUUUUUUGAAGUUGCAAAGCUUAACUUGCACAGUAGAUUUGCACCAGUUGGACAGAGGAACUUAAACAUUUAUGAGACUAUAUAUAGAGAUAUAUACAUAUAAGUAUAUACAUAAUUAAUUAUAUAUAUGUAUAUAUCUAUCUAUAUAUAUAUAGUUAUAUAUAUAUAAAGUUUCUUUGUUGGCAUGUUGCCUUGUUUCUGCUCAAAUUGCUCUGACUAUUUUAACUUAUUUAUGUCCUAAAAAAGAAUGUAAUUUGUUUACAAACCUGUAGAUAAUAUCCUUAACUAUCUGUAGGGUUAAGAAAGCACUUCCUGCCGAAGUAGUAUAAAAAUGGCUCAGCUCAGCUCAUUGAAAACGUCUGUAAUAUCGCACCCUGGAUAUUUUAUUACAACCGUGUUCUGAUUUCUGGCUGAUUUUUUUUUUGUUGUUAAAUAAUGUAGAUACUGCUAGUAAAUAACAAAAGAAGCCAAAAUAUAACACAUUGGAUGUAGCAUUGUGAUCCUAUAUACAGGGAGGUAAAACAGGCUUCCUUUGUUUCAAAUAAAAAUCAAAAUGAUCAGGUUCUCUCUCCUUUUAUUUUUUUUCCCCCUUCUGAUAAUCUGCUUGAAUUUGUUUUGGUGCAACGUACAACAAUGGAGGCUAUUUCAUUCUUUAAGCAUAUGGCAAUGGCUUCCAAAGCUAUUUUAGAGAGAUAGUAUCUGAAACUGAGUUGAGUUUAUAAAUAUAAUUUAAAAUAAGUUAUAUUUGAUUUGUCUAUAUGGAGAUAAAACUAAUGUUAAAGUAUUGUGAUAUAUUGUGUUAAUCCUUUUCAGUUAGUAAUUUAGGCAAUUCUUUCCUUAUUACUUACAAAGUAUGGGCUGUUGGCAUUUUGGAUGAAAAUCACUGUAGGUUGUUGCUUUGUUUUGUUUUUUUUUUUUUAAGAAAAAUAUAAUUUCUGCACUAUUAGGUCUGAAUGAAACUUUAUUAAUUGUAUAUUAAGAUGUGCUUUGUGUGAUUUUCUUUUUUUACCUAAGCUUGUCUUCCUGUAGUCACAAGGUAUACUGUAACACAGUAAUAUGUUUUUUCAUCUUGAGCUUUCUACAAAGAAAGCUGUUUUGAAAACCUGCAGUAUGGAGGGUGACAAAUAUUUUUCAAGAUGGUAACAGCCCUGGUAACUUAAAAUUUAUGAGCUUCUAUAACUGCUAUGUCAACCACUUGAAUGCUAAGCACUUUGUGGAUCACAGAUUUUUCAUAAAUAAUUUUUGUAUUUAAUAUAAAGUUUGCUUGGAGACUUUUCAGCAUAUGAUCUUUUCCAUAACUGUACAGUGCAAAAGACAUUUUGAAUCACACAAUCGAUUCUGCCAGAUGUGUUGAAAAACACUCUCAAACUAGCUUGAUAAAUUGAUUUGUUAAGGCGUUACUGGUUGUCUUAAAGUUGACUCCUAAAGUGGUGCAUCUCUGCAGUCACAAGAACUAAACCAAGCCAGAACUCUCCAAACCAAGCGUAGACUCAUGGCCAAACUGCAGACAGAACUCAGAUGUUUUCAGGGUGCAUCAGGACUAUUCAGCCAGGUAAAGCUCUAAUCAGCUUGACUUGCCAGCUUCCGGACUCUUGUGUAGAAGCUUGAAUGUUUUUGGCUCAAACUCUUAGUUUGCUCUCUGAUCCAGACUUUUCAGUGAACAACACAACAGGUCUUUGAAGGCGUAGACAACUCUCUGUUCCACAGAUAGUGUGACCCGUUUCUUAACAGUAAAAAGCUAGCAUGAAAACAUCGUUAUUUUAGGUAAGUCCUAGCAACAAAGUGAUUGAAAAUCAGUCAGGAUUGUUCGCUUUGUAAAUACGGUGAUUAACCUUUGUACAACAUGUAUUUGGUUUCUAUGGCCUAUUUGGGAUAUCAUAUUCAGAAGAAAAAAAAGUGUUACCUAUUUACAGGGAAGCCUCUAGCUUUGGACUUGAACAUCUACAGAAGCUAUUAAUACUGGAACAAUUUAAUUUCAGCAUCUUAACACUGACUGUUUGCCUUUUUAUUUUCAAACACUUCAUAUUUUUUCUUGGUUUCAUUUUUUUUUUUAAUUUUCCUAUAGGAGUACUCCUCCCUGAGGUACCAUUUUCAGACUUGAAAACUGUUAAGAAAACAAACACUGCAUUCUGUGUAUAUAUAGCAAAUCAUAUAUAAACUGAGAUGCAUAGAAAACUUGGGCUUUUGUGAGCAGAGACUGUGCUUUAUGUAUAUGAUAAAUUAUAGAUCUCUUUUUUUAAAGCAGAAUAGCUAUGACCUUUCAACUACAAGUCGUGCAUCACAAUUCCUUUCUUUUAUUGCUUGACCUCUCUGUGAUGGGAACAAUGGAUCAAAAACCAAAAUGAUCAGUUUGUUAAAAUUCCCUGCAAUAUAUAAAUGCUCGCUCUCUACGUACUGUACUUAGCAGCAUGAGAUUUGUGGACAACAAUACAGUGGUACAUUGGCAAUCCAUCCCACUAGGGGUUAUUAAUAUAUGUUCAUUCAUCUGUUUUUAUGAAUUUUUUUAUCUAGACAAUAAUUGUAAAUAAAGAACUUACUCUGUCUGUUCAUUUAAUACUAUGCAAAAGGUUAUGCUUUCUAUUGUUAUUCUUAUUCCUACAGUGUGAUGCUGGAAUGUUUGUGGUUUCAAAAAAAAAAAAAAAAAGACAAAAGUAAGUAAAAAGUAAAAUAUGUGAUGUAAAUUAUUUUAUAGUUUGAAACAAAAUGAUAAAGUUUUACUCUUGCUGCUUUCUGUCUAAUAGAUCUCUCUUGGCAGGAGCACAAGUGGAAAAUUUAAAGAAAUAAAUUCACAAAGCAGCAUGAACAAUAA